CGGCGCGGCUAUUAAGCCGCGCGGCAGCUGCUCGCAGCCGGAGCUGGUGCUUCGCCCGAGACCCAGCGCCCAGGCGUGUCGCCCCGAGAGGAGCCGCGCGAAGGUCACCCCGCGCCCGCCGCCCGCCGCCCGCUGCCCGCCGCCUCCGUGGGUCCGUUUGCCAGUCAGCCCGUGCGUCCGAGCCCCUCGCGCCCCGCCGCAGCCCCGGCCAACCGAGCGCCAUGAACCAGAUAGAGCCCGGCGUGCAGUACAACUACGUGUACGACGAGGAUGAGUACAUGAUCCAGGAGGAGGAGUGGGACCGCGACCUGCUCCUGGACCCGGCCUGGGAGAAGCAGCAGAGGAAGACCUUCACUGCCUGGUGUAACUCCCACCUAAGGAAAGCUGGCACCCAGAUUGAGAACAUUGAAGAAGACUUCAGGAAUGGCCUGAAGCUCAUGCUGCUUUUGGAAGUCAUCUCAGGGGAAAGGCUGCCCAAACCUGACCGGGGAAAAAUGCGGUUCCACAAAAUUGCUAAUGUCAACAAAGCUUUGGAUUACAUAGCCAGCAAAGGGGUGAAACUGGUGUCCAUCGGUGCUGAAGAAAUUGUUGAUGGCAACGUGAAAAUGACCCUGGGUAUGAUCUGGACCAUCAUCCUUCGCUUUGCUAUUCAGGAUAUUUCGGUUGAAGAAACAUCUGCCAAAGAAGGGCUGCUGCUUUGGUGUCAGAGGAAAACCGCUCCUUAUAGAAAUGUGAACAUUCAGAACUUCCAUACUAGCUGGAAAGAUGGCCUUGGACUCUGUGCCCUCAUCCACCGACACCGGCCUGACCUCAUUGACUACUCAAAGCUUAACAAGGAUGACCCCAUAGGAAACAUUAACCUGGCCAUGGAAAUCGCUGAGAAGCACCUGGAUAUUCCUAAAAUGUUGGAUGCUGAAGACAUCGUGAACACCCCUAAACCCGAUGAAAGAGCCAUCAUGACGUACGUCUCUUGCUUCUACCACGCUUUUGCGGGCGCGGAGCAGGCCGAGACAGCGGCUAACAGGAUAUGUAAGGUUCUUGCUGUGAAUCAAGAGAAUGAGAGGCUGAUGGAAGAAUAUGAGAGGCUAGCGAGUGAGCUUUUGGAAUGGAUUCGUCGCACAAUCCCCUGGCUGGAGAACCGGACUCCUGAGAAGACCAUGCAAGCCAUGCAGAAGAAGCUGGAGGACUUCCGGGAUUACCGCCGGAAGCACAAGCCGCCCAAGGUGCAGGAGAAAUGCCAGCUGGAGAUCAACUUCAACACGCUGCAGACCAAGCUGCGGAUCAGCAACCGGCCUGCCUUCAUGCCCUCCGAGGGCAAGAUGGUGUCGGAUAUUGCUGGUGCCUGGCAGAGGCUGGAGCAGGCUGAGAAGGGUUAUGAGGAGUGGUUGCUCAAUGAGAUUCGGAGACUGGAGCGCUUGGAACACCUGGCUGAGAAGUUCCGGCAGAAGGCCUCAACGCACGAGACUUGGGCUUAUGGCAAAGAGCAGAUCUUGCUGCAGAAGGAUUACGAGUCGGCGUCGCUGACAGAGGUGCGGGCUCUGCUGCGGAAGCACGAGGCGUUCGAGAGCGACCUGGCAGCGCACCAGGACCGCGUGGAGCAGAUCGCAGCCAUCGCGCAGGAGCUGAAUGAACUGGACUAUCACGACGCUGUGAAUGUCAAUGAUCGGUGCCAGAAAAUCUGUGACCAGUGGGACCGACUGGGAACGCUUACUCAGAAGAGGAGGGAAGCCCUGGAGAGAAUGGAGAAAUUGCUAGAAACCAUUGAUCAGCUUCACCUGGAGUUUGCCAAGAGGGCUGCUCCUUUCAACAACUGGAUGGAGGGCGCUAUGGAGGAUCUGCAAGAUAUGUUCAUUGUCCAUAGCAUUGAGGAGAUCCAGAGUCUGAUCACUGCGCAUGAGCAGUUCAAGGCCACACUGCCCGAGGCAGACGGAGAGCGGCAGUCCAUCAUGGCCAUCCAGAACGAGGUGGAGAAGGUGAUUCAGAGCUACAGCAUCAGAAUCAGCUCAAGCAACCCGUACAGCACUGUCACCAUGGAUGAGCUCCGGACCAAGUGGGACAAGGUGAAGCAACUCGUGCCCAUCCGCGAUCAGUCCCUGCAGGAGGAGCUGGCUCGCCAGCAUGCUAACGAGCGUCUGAGGCGCCAGUUUGCUGCACAAGCCAAUGCCAUUGGGCCCUGGAUCCAGAACAAGAUGGAGGAGAUUGCCCGGAGCUCCAUCCAGAUCACAGGAGCCCUGGAAGACCAGAUGAAUCAGCUGAAGCAGUACGAGCACAAUAUCAUCAACUACAAGAACAACAUCGACAAGCUGGAGGGAGACCAUCAGCUCAUCCAGGAGGCCCUCGUCUUUGACAACAAGCACACGAACUACACGAUGGAGCACAUUCGUGUUGGAUGGGAGCUGCUGCUGACAACCAUCGCCAGAACCAUCAAUGAGGUGGAGACUCAGAUCCUGACGAGAGACGCAAAGGGCAUCACCCAGGAGCAGAUGAAUGAGUUCAGAGCCUCCUUCAACCACUUUGACAGGAGGAAGAAUGGCCUGAUGGAUCAUGAGGAUUUCAGAGCCUGCCUGAUUUCCAUGGGUUAUGACCUGGGUGAAGCCGAAUUUGCCCGCAUUAUGACCCUGGUAGAUCCCAACGGGCAAGGCACCGUCACCUUCCAAUCCUUCAUCGACUUCAUGACUAGAGAGACGGCUGACACCGACACCGCCGAGCAGGUCAUCGCCUCCUUCCGGAUCCUGGCUUCUGAUAAGCCGUACAUCCUGGCGGAGGAGCUGCGUCGGGAGCUGCCCCCGGAUCAGGCCCAGUACUGCAUCAAGAGGAUGCCCGCCUACUCGGGCCCAGGCAGUGUGCCUGGCGCCCUGGAUUACGCUGCAUUCUCUUCCGCACUCUACGGGGAGAGCGAUCUGUGAUGCUGAGCUUCUGUAAUCACUGAUCCCAUCAGAAUGCAAUAAAAGCAGAAGUCACAGUUUGUUUCCUGGAAACUUUGACAAGCUUUAUUAAGUUGAGAGAGAGAGGGGAGAAAAAAAGCCUUUUGAAGUUCAGGAAUCGCCAGCAAUAUAACACGGCUAAAAUGAAGUUUCUACAGUAUAUGGCAUAGUGCGCUUCAUAAAUAGGUUUAUUUCUGAGUUUUUAGUGAAAUGUAAUGAAAUUAUCGGGUUGAUUUCUUUGAUUAAACAGAACAAAUUACUUGAGUAAUAGGAAAUUAGGAGGAUCUAGGGACAGAAGGAAAGUGAAAAAUGUGAAAAUACAAAAUACCCAAGAUUUAAGACCGAGGGGAAAAAACCACAAAUUGGUAAAUAAAGGUUUGCUAUUUGUAAAAAAUUUCAUUUAUCUCUAAUAUGCUUAUGUGAUUGCCCCAGGGGAGUAUAUUUGGGAUUCUAAUGUUUUAUUUUCAUGCUCAUCAAAGAUUACUGUUGUGUCUUCAAAUGAAUUUAAUAUUGUGAGAUGGAACUGCCGGGGAUUAAAAAGACUACCCAAAAGAUUUUUGGCACUUACAAUUUUUAAAAUAGAGUUUAUGGUCAUCUCUUCAUUAUUUAGGGCUGGAUGGUCGACUCAGUCAGUGAUUUUUUGAUGCUUCUCUUAUCCUCCAGAAUACAGACCUAAGGAAACAUGGAAGUCAGUUUAAUUGCCAGAGAGAAGGAUGCAGUCGCUAGGUAAAAUGAGGUUUUUAGGAUUAUUUAUUGAUUCCAGGUUCCCAUGCUUUUUGUUAGAGCUUAUUAGUACAGGUUCUCAAGAGAUGACCACAUAAAAGUGCUCUGUUUUUAAAUAAGCAGGUUUCUGUAGUACUGACUGGUUCAUCACAAGGCAAGUCAGAAACCAGUAUCCUUCUAGCUCUCCAGUCAGGACUUCCUUAUGCCUCUAGUUUUAUGACCUGUUAAGGAGAAGCCAGAGUUAUAGUAGGAAAGGACUACUUCUCAGCAGCAGUGGAGGUGCGUUCUUUCUUUUGCGGAAGCUUUACAUGUGUUUUGUGUAGUAGGAAUAACUAGAUGUUUUAGCUAGUGUGCCGUGUGUGUUCACCCCUGGGAUUGGACAGUGUAUCCUAACAAGUCCCAUGUCUGGUUCUGUGUCUAAAGGCCUGCUCCAUGACACAGGAUGCAACAUGCACUCCCGCUAGCACAUCUUGAUCCGUUGAAUGUUCAUUCUUUCUUUGUGCUCAUACUGCUGUAGGCUAUAAUUCCCCCCUCUGUUUUUCCAUCUUGUUGACAGCUUGUAGAGAAUAAAGCAGGAAUUCUUUUUA